AUGAUACACAAUUUUUAAAAGAAAUUGAAGCUAAUAAUUAACCCAAUAUCCAUGACAAAUUAGUAAUAAGAAUAUAUAAAUUAUCUAUAUUUUUGGGCUUCACAAAUAAAGUCUUCAAGUAAAAGCCAUUUUUCAAAUAUUAAUGAUCCUAAAAAUCCUGUUUUACUAAUAAUAAUUUAGAAUUUAUUAGUAAAUAUAAAUGUUAAUAAUUAAGAGAUGAAUAAAUCAUUCAUCAUAGUCUAAUUAAAUCUUUUUCUCAUGGGAUGA